CUUCCCACCUCAGAGCAGCUGCAUGACUUCCUGAGGAUUCUAUUGCAGUAGCCAGAGAUAAACACUCAUUUGUGCAUAUAACGUGCAAGUCUCCAGUUUCUAUUCUUCUUCCCUCUCUGCUCUUUCCCUUCCCCCACUUUGAACCAGGGAAGCCAAACUCUGGCGGGGUUGAAGCGGCUUGAGAAGUACUAAGAAAGAGGAAGAAGAAUCGAGGUCUAUUGGCUAGCAAAUUUGCCAUGCCCUGACCUCUCUCCUCUGGAAAAGAAACAUUCCUAAAGAGCAGGAGCCCUGUGAAUGGAGUGGACCAUCCCGAGUAUCCAGACUUAUUUGCAGCUCACCAUCCAGGGUUAGCUCAUCAGGAGACUAGCAGGUUGGAAUUUCUGAAGAUUUGGAUCUUGCUUCAGGGAGCAAAAGGACCUUAAACUGUGAAGCUUGGAAUCAGCAGCUUGAACGUACUCUGACACUACAAUAAGAACAGUUGCCACAGUAAGAAGGGAAGUUUGUGAAAGGUGCUGUGUUAUCAGAUAGAGGUCUCCCUGUGUAUCCUAGGCUGAUCUUAAAUUCACCAUCUUCCUGCUUUGGCUUCUCAAGGGCUGAGAUUGCAGAAAUGUACCUCCAAGGCACCAAGCAGACAUUCCUGGAGAACAUGAAUGGAACUGAAAAUCUGACAACAUCUCUCAUUAAUAACACGUGUCAUGACACAAUUGAUGAAUUCCGAAAUCAAGUGUACUCCACUAUGUACUCUGUGAUCUCUGUUGUGGGUUUCUUUGGCAAUAGCUUUGUGCUCUAUGUCCUCAUAAAAACAUACCAUGAGAAAUCUGCCUUCCAAGUAUACAUGAUUAAUCUAGCCAUAGCAGAUCUACUCUGUGUAUGUACAUUGCCUCUCCGUGUAGUCUAUUAUGUUCACAAAGGCAAGUGGCUCUUUGGUGACUUUUUGUGCCGCCUCACCACCUAUGCCUUGUACGUUAACCUCUAUUGUAGCAUCUUCUUUAUGACAGCCAUGAGCUUUUUCCGGUGUGUUGCAAUUGUCUUUCCAGUCCAGAACAUUAAUUUGGUUACACAGAAAAAAGCCAGGUUCGUUUGCAUUGGAAUUUGGAUUUUUGUGAUUUUGACAAGUUCUCCCUUUUUAAUGUACAAAUCUUACCAAGAUGAGAAAAACAAUACUAAAUGCUUUGAGCCUCCACAGGACAAUCAAGCUAAAAAAUACGUUUUGGUCUUGCAUUAUGUGUCAUUAUUCUUUGGUUUCAUCAUCCCUUUUGUCACCAUAAUUGUCUGUUACACAAUGAUCAUUCUGACCUUACUAAAAAAUACAAUGAAGAAAAACAUGCCAAGUCGUAGGAAGGCUAUAGGGAUGAUCAUAGUUGUGACAGCUGCCUUUUUAGUCAGCUUCAUGCCAUAUCAUAUUCAACGAACUAUCCACCUUCACCUUUUACACAGUGAAACUAGACCCUGUGAUUCUGUCCUUAGGAUGCAGAAGUCAGUGGUCAUAACCUUAUCUUUAGCUGCAUCAAAUUGUUGCUUUGAUCCUCUGCUAUAUUUCUUUUCAGGUGGAAACUUUAGGAGAAGGCUGUCUACAUUUAGAAAGCAUUCUUUGUCCAGUAUGACUUAUAUACCCAAGAAGAAAGCUUCCUUGCCAGAAAAAGAAGAAGAAAUAUGUAACGAAUAAUUCAAACUUAUCUACAGUGCAGAACAAUGAAAAAGAAAUUCCCUAACAAGUAUUUUUCUAAAUAAAAUUUUAAAGUGUUUCCCAUUAAUAGUUUACAAAUAAUUAUAUCUAUUUCAUUUAUAAAUACUAUUAUUUGAUAUUUUAAGUGUUCAAAACUCAGUUUAUAACUGUGAACUAACCCAUAGAGUUCUUUUUGAAGACUCACCAGAAACUGAAGAAUGUUCAUGGUUUGGAACUAUAAAACUGAGUAUGAAAUCAAGAAUAUAAAAAGGAUUUAAAAGGCUACGUACUAGACUUUUGAGUUCAGCUUUUAAAUAUAGUUUUAAAAUUAGCAAAUAGUCAUCCGUCACCCUAACAUAUCCCUUUACAUGCAUGCCAUCAGAUGAGACCUGGAGAUGACCCAGGGCGUACAUUUGGUCAGCCGUUUCCUUUGUUGUACUGACUAGCUAGGUAAAGUAGUGCCCUGUCUUCCAGAAGAGAAUGUUCAAGUACUAGAACAGACCAAUAUUCAGCCAAAUAGCUCCACAGGCUGCAUGAAAUUUACAGUAUAGAAAAUAAAGAAGAUAAAUCUGAUCAAAGGCCAGUUUGUCUCUAAUUCUCUUCUGCCCGUGACUCAAGCACCAGCAAAAGAAUGGUGUUCUUGCUCACUGUGGUUCAAUCCCUAUUCUACCUAUAAUCCUUCCUUAAUAAGUAAGGCAACUGGCAUUCCCAUAUAUGACAGAAGCAGUCAAAAUUCAUCAGAAGUAAAGAAAAUAGGUCUACUUUCCUACAUGAGAUUUGUUGGAAUCAAAAUUUACUAUGUUAGAUAGCAGAAGAAAAUUUGAAUAUCCAUGUCAUUAAUACUUUAAUAAGUAUAUGCAUUUAUAUGUAUGUAUAUAAAUAUAUGUAAUCUAUCUUGUUCUAUGAUAUGCAUUUAUUGUUAGUUAAUAUGAGAUUUAUUGUUGUUUUAUACUUCUUUCUUUUUUAUUAGCAUGUUGAAAGUAAUAUUUGUUUACAGUGAUUUUUAUAUUAUAGCAGAAGCUUUGUUCUUAAAACAAACCAUUGAAAACAGCUUGGUUGUGACUAAAAUAUGAUAUUCAUUGACAAAGUUUUACUGAAGGCCACGUUUUUCCUAACUCUGAGUUUCAAAACUCACAUCAACUCAGAAGAAAUAAAUGAUAACAGAGAUG